AUGCCUACCGGCAUUCAGCAGCUGCCUGGUGGCGUGCUGGAGUCGAUUUUCGGUCUGCUGGACCCGACAGAAAGGCACCGCGCCAUUCCCCUGGUGUGCCAGCGCUGGAAUCAGGCGGCACGCAGCCCUCCCCUGUUGCGCUGCCUGAGCGCGAGCAUUGAUGGCGGCGACUGCUUCCUGCCUCGCCUGCACUCGCUGUGUGGCUGGCUGCGGCAGGUUUCGGUGGCGCAUGUGCGGAAGCUGCGGCUCACAGUGCAGCCUCCUUGGGCGCUAGUGUAUGUGAAGCGGGUCUGUAGUCUGCCCGAGCAGCAGCUGCAAGAUUGUGCUGCGGAGCUGGCAGACUCGCUGGCGGCAUGCAGCAGCCUGGAAACGCUGGACCUCUCCCUCGGCUUUGAUUACGACCUCAGCAGUUGGGUGGUGCCACUGCACAGCCUGCGGCGCCUGAACACAUAUGCGCUAGUUAAUUGCGAGAUUGUGACUCUCUCAGAGUCGCUGGGCCACCUGACAGCGCUGGAGCAUUUGGGGCUGGAUGUGGGCGAGUAUCUGGACCUGGAGCGGCAGGACCCAAGCAUCCGCCUGCCGCCGUUCCUCACCAGCCUCGAGGUUGCAAAAUGA